GCCAACACGAUCACAUCGCAGAUCCAUCCGACCAACUAUACAUGAUCGCACAGCAUAGCAUAGCAUAGUAUAGUAUAUAGCCCAUAGCCUAGUGAAACAAGUGCGCGGCGGUACGGGUUCUGCGUUGAUUUAGAUUUAUGUUUUGAUUUUUCGCCGUUUCUGUCAACGACUGUUUCGGUUAAUUGCCAGUUGUUCAAAGGUUUUGUCAACCUCCGUUUUCGAUUAUCCAACGAAUUUCUUUGGCAGUUUUGGAUAUACCCAGCACAAAGCAAUCAGCAUUCAUUCCCGUUGAAAAGAAGCGUUUUGUAAACCUACAACGCCAUGUCUAAGAAUGGACACAGCAAUGCGGCUUAUGUCAGCGAACAUGCAGACAAAUUGGAACUGGCCGAGAAGGGUCAGAAGAACAAGGCCAUAGUGGCCAAGGAUCCCGACUACAAUCCUUACCAUCAUCGCGAUGUGGAGCACCCCACAACGAACUCUGAGACUCUGUUCCAUUUGCUGAAGGGCUCACUGGGAACUGGAAUUCUGGCCAUGCCAAAUGCUUUUCGUAACUCGGGCUAUGUCACGGGAGCCAUUGGAACAAUUGUGAUUGGUUUUAUUUGCACCUUUUGCAUCCACCAGCUGGUCAAAGCGCAAUACGAACUCUGUCGCAGAAAGAAGAUGCCCAGCAUGAACUAUCCAAUGGUGGCGGAAACUGCCAUGGGAGAAGGUCCAAAGUUCUUCCGGUUUUUCGCUCCAUACAUUGGCACCGUGGUUAAUACUUUCCUGCUGAUUUAUCAACUGGGCACUUGUUGCGUGUAUGUGGUUUUCGUGGCCUCCAACAUCAAGUCGAUUGUGGAUGCAGUGGCUGAUACCAAUAUCGAUGUGCGACUCUGCAUGAUCAUCAUCCUGUUGCCAUUGAUCCUUAUCAACUGGGUGCGCAAUCUGAAGUACCUGGCUCCGUUUUCCACGCUGGCCAACGCAAUCACCAUGGUUUCCUUCGGCAUUAUCUGUUACUAUAUCUUCCGGGAACCCGUCACCACGGAGGGCAAGGAUGCCUUCGGAAAGCCCUCGAAUUUCCCGCUUUUCUUCGGCACAGUUUUGUUUGCCCUGGAAGCUAUUGGUGUAAUACUUCCCCUGGAGAACGAAAUGAAGACCCCGCAGAAAUUCGGUGGCAGCUGUGGAGUCCUCAAUGUAUCCAUGGUGCUCAUUGUAUUCCUGUACGUGGGCAUGGGUCUCUUUGGUUAUCUCAACUAUGGAUCCGCGGUUCUGGGUUCCAUUACUCUUAACAUGCCGGAACAUGAGGUUCUCUCCAUGUGCGUCAAGGGAAUGCUGGCCUUCGCCAUCUAUAUCACCCAUGGACUUGCCUGUUAUGUGGCAAUCGAUAUCACAUGGAACGAUUACGUGGCCAAACGUCUGGGCUCAGAACGCAAUGCUCUGUUCUGGGAGUAUGCUGUGAGAACUAUCCUUGUCCUGAUCACUUUCCUCCUGGCUGUGGCCAUUCCCAAUCUGGAGCUGUUCAUCUCCCUAUUUGGAGCUCUGUGUCUCUCUGCUUUGGGUCUAGCUUUUCCAGCUCUCAUCCAGAUCUGCACGCAUUGGUACCAGACCAAGGGAGUCGGAAAGGCCUGGCUAAUCCUGAGCAACUUUGUGCUCAUCAUUGUGGGCAUCCUGGGCCUCGUAAUCGGCACGUAUACCUCACUCAAGGAAAUUGUGCUGACCUUCUCCGAAUAGUCAACAUAUUAGUUAAAGCAAAUCAGCCAGUGGGCAUUCCAAUUCAAGCGAAAGUAUUAUGAGCAAUCGAAAGAUAUUGAAAUCGGUAGACAUUCGCAUCGCAGCACAAAUGACAAGGUACAGAUGCAGAUACAACUAAUGAUGUAGAUACAGUUGAGCUAAGGUCUGCUGUACAAGUGUAAACUUCUUCUCCGAACUAUUUUGUUGUGUAUUUGUAUAGAAUUUAUCAGAUUUGUGAUAUUUUUAAGCAUCGUGCCCAAGAAUCUGUACAACAAUUGUGUGUAUAUCAUAUAUCUCUUUAUAUAGUAGAUAACAUCUUUAUAAGUAGUUUAGUGCCAAGUCACAUCUUGAUAAGUCAUAUUUAAAGUACGAUAGCAGUUAUGACCAAUACAAUAUUUUGCCAUAUUAA